AGCAUGCCACAGUACAAGCUGACAUACUUCAAUCUGCGAGGACGAGCAGAAAUCAGCCGCUACCUGUUUGCCUACUCGGGCAAGAAGUAUGAAGACCACAGGAUAGAAGCAGCAGACUGGCCCAAAAUCAAACCAACUAUCCCAUUCGGCAAAAUCCCCAUUCUGGAAGUAGGCGGAGUUACCAUUCACCAGAGCCUGGCAAUAGCAAGAUACCUUGCCAGAGAAUCAGGUCUGGCAGGUCAGACGCCUGUGGAACAGGCACUAGCUGAUGCCAUUGUGGACACCAUAGAUGAUUUCAUGACACUGUUCCCUUGGGCAGAGAAAAACCAGGACGUGAGAAAACAAGCAUUUGAUGAUAUCCUCACCAACAAAGCACCUGAGUUACUGAAAGAUUUGGAUACUUUCUUAGGGGAUAACAACUGGCUGGUAGGGGAGUCUGUAACGUGGGCUGAUUUCUACUGGGAUGUGUGCAGUACGACACUUCUGUCCUGUAAACCUGACCUGGCAGACAACUACCCCAGGCUUUUGGCUCUCAGAGGCAGAGUGCAAGCACUUCCAGCUAUUGCAGCCUGGAUCCAGAAAAGACCGAAAACUAUAAUGUAGAUCAGCUGUUCAGACUGGAAAACACAAAUGCAUGUUUAGUUUUCAACAUGACAAGCAUCCUAAGUUAUUAAUGUUAGAAUCAUUUAAGUUAAUUUCAGAUGGGUAUGCUAUACCAAAUCAAAAUCUACCACUUGUAUC